UAUUAAGGAAGUGGUCUUUUAUUCUGAUAAGUACCAUGACCAACCGGAGAUGCAGGCUUCCAGAAAGCUGCUCACUAUGGCAGGCAUAGGAUCAAGGCAGUUCAUGCCCAAGAGGACUGAGAUUGUCAUUGAUUUUAAUUCCAUUAACCACCCUGGAAUGCUGAACAGCGAGACCAAGUGAAAAUGCAAACGGCUCACCUUGGGGAGCUGCUGAAUGAGGAGGGGGAAGUAGAGGCAGACUGACUAGAUUGAAAGGGACUUUGAUGCCUCUCUUCUGUAUGUCUUCUUGCCCCCUGCUUUGUCCAAAGAGAAACUGAAGGAUACCUUGACUUUGGCAUCUUUUCAUAUUCUGAUUAACUGGAUAUACAAGACAGUUUAAUUUGAUGCUUGGCCCUUUGUGGACGGCUGUGGCAGAAGGUCUUUCGAUGCUGCUUUCACACUUUUUUUCUUUUUCUUUUUAGAAAUCCCCUUUUGGGUUCAGGCGUACACAGGGACUCUGAACACACUUUUUCGAGUGUUUGAUUUUUAAAAAGUAUUUUGUGUUGUGAAUCUGAUCUUCUCUCGUCUGCCUGCUUAGGGGGGAAACCAGAAGUCAGUUUUAUUUUUUUUCCUCAUUCAAACAAGGUUCCAGAUUAGUGUAGAGGCACCUUGACAAUUAGUUCAUUUGACCUUUUCACAUUCACAGUGGAAGCUGCAUUCAGUCACGAUUUGGUUCAUCAAACCGGUCUGUCCAACCAGAAAGUAGCUGCUGUUACAGUUCAGCCUGUGUUCUACUGUUUAGUGAAGUAUUUCUUUAGACGGGCAUCUAAUAGUGUACUGCAGCCACCUCUGAGACCUCUGGUAACUAUUUCUUCAAGGCUUAUGCAAUAAUAGCUUUUAUUAAAUGACGAAGUAACACCAAUUUGUCAGACUAGAAGCAUUAAUGGAGCUGCUUUGUGAAUGGCACAAUUAUUCCAACAUUAGUGCCGUCCUUCUCUUACCUUUACACACGUUACUAGGUGCAUGAUAUGGUCGUUUUUUUUUUAUCUUUACUUUGUUUUAAUGACUAUUUUAUAAAAAAAAAUGCUGAAAGAUGUCAGUGUUGAGUUGGUGAGAAAAGGUUUCUGGAAUAUGUUUUUGUGGAAUAUCUUUCUUUUAACCGUGGUUACAUGAUGCAGCAGAUUCUGUUUAACACUAUUUUUAUAUAAGAUUAAUUUCAUAGUACCAAAGGGCUUUUAAAAACAUGUAUCUGUGUAUGGUAACAGUUUACUUUCCCUGUUCUACUGUCAACAUGCUGUUACGAGUGUAUGGGGGGGCUGUGUGUUUUAUUAGGUACAUUUUUGCUUUUACAUUGGUAACUGGGAAACACUUGUCAUCUAUCAUUUUUCUAUAACCAUCUCAGCCGUCGGUUCAGUUUAACUGAAUAAACUGCUGAACCACAUGAGCUUGUGUCCACUGUGUUCAUUAAUCUUGAAAAUACAUACGGUUCUAAACACUCUAAGGUAUGACACAAACAUACAGUUUGUCAUUCAUGGUAGGCAGUGUUCUAGGACAGUAGGUCCUUCUUUAUUGGUUUGUCAGCUUCUAGAAACUUCUAAACCGUAUGAAGUUUAGUGGGAAGUGAAGCCAAGGGCUAAAGCUUGAGUGAGCAGUAUUUGAUGUGGACCUUUAAAGGAAUGUUAAUAGUACUGCUCCAAAACUUUAACUUAUCAGUCUAAGGGUUAAGAAAGAAAUAGUAAUCUACCGGCGAUGUUCGCUUACAUGCAUGUGAUUGACCAACCCAGCAGCUUGUCAAUCACAUGCAUGUGUGUUAAUGCAGGUUUUAAAAAAAACAAAACAAGUCCAACAUCAGUGACAUGAAGGGAAACCAUCGGGUGCCUGAACAGAAAGGUUCACAAAUGUCUAUCCUUGGUUCUUUUGACAUUCCUUUCGAGUUAUGAUCUUUUGUUUCAUGGAACACUGAUUGCUCCUGAUGGUCAGACCAGCACUGUGAAUGGUAGCUAGCCGGAAGCUUCUGUGUGUGAAUAACAGACAGAUGUAAAGCGAGUUCAGUCUGAACCUACUGUAACACUGAAAGGCUUUCCUGCUCCGGUCCCAGUGCAAAAGCAGAAGGUUUCCAUUAAGGGUUAAACUCUGGAUCUUGCCCUUUUUGUUCUGGGUCAUUCCCUCACUCACCUGAUAUUCUCCACGCUGUACUUUUGAAAUAAAACACAA